AUGCAGUCCUCUCCAAACAUGCUCACCAAGUUUGAGUCCAAAUCCUCCAGAGCCAAGGGAAUCGCAUUCCACCCCAAACGGCCAUGGAUUCUCGUUUCCCUUCACUCCUCGACCAUCCAGCUAUGGGACUACCGUAUGGGAACACUCAUUGACCGAUUCGAAGAACACGAUGGUCCCGUCCGAGGAAUCGAUUUCCACCCUACCCAACCCCUGUUUGUGUCCGGAGGCGAUGACUACAAGAUCAAGGUCUGGAACUACCAGACCCGGAGGUGCCUUUUCACAUUGAACGGCCAUUUGGAUUACGUGCGCACAGUUUUCUUCCACCCCGAGCUCCCAUGGAUUCUGUCGGCGUCCGACGACCAGACUAUUCGAAUCUGGAACUGGCAGAACCGUUCAUUGAUCUGUACCAUGACCGGUCAUAACCACUAUGUUAUGUGCGCUCAGUUCCACCCCACCGAGGACCUCAUCGCCUCCGCCUCUCUCGACCAGUCUGUCCGCAUAUGGGACAUCUCCGGUCUGCGAAAGAAGCACUCCGCCCCAACCUCGAUCUCCUUCGAAGACCAAAUGGCGCGCGCCAAUCCCAAUCAGGCCGAUAUGUUUGGAAACACCGAUGCCGUCGUGAAGUUCGUGUUGGAGGGCCACGACCGUGGAGUGAACUGGGUCUCGUUCCACCCGUCAUUGCCUCUGAUCGUGUCGGCGGGUGACGACCGACUCGUCAAGCUCUGGCGCAUGAGUGACACCAAGGCUUGGGAAGUUGAUACCUGCCGUGGCCAUUUCCAGAACGCUUCGGCCUGUCUGUUCCACCCUCACCAAGACCUCAUUCUUUCCGUCGGCGAGGACAAGACAAUUCGUGUGUGGGACCUGAACAAGCGCACAUCGGUGCAAUCUUUCAAGCGCGACCAGGACCGAUUCUGGGUCAUUGCUGCCCACCCCAACAUGAACUUGUUUGCUGCGGGUCAUGAUACCGGUGUGAUGGUCUUCAAGCUCGAGCGUGAGCGCCCAGCAUCCGCCGUGUACCAAAACCAGCUGUUCUACAUUACCAAGGAGAAGCAUGUCAAAUCUUACGACUUCGUCAAGGGCGUCGAGUCGCCGGCCAUGCUUUCAUUACGCAAGCUUGGCUCUCCUUGGGUCCCCCCGCGCACUGUUUCCUACAACCCAGCCGAGCGUGCCAUCCUGGUCACUUCACCGACCGAUAGUGGAACAUACGAGCUGAUCCACCUUCCCCGUGAUGCCACUGGAGCCGUCGAGCCCACCGAUGUCAAGCGCGGCCAGGCUACCUCAGCGGUCUUUGUUGCCCGUAACCGUUUCGCCGUCUUCAAUCCCGCCUCUCAGCAAGUCGACAUCAAGGAUCUCAGCAACUCUACUACCAAGACUAUCAAGCCCCCUGCCGGCACAACAGACAUAUAUUUUGGUGGCACUGGUUGCCUCUUGUUCAUCACCCCUACCACCGUUGUUCUCUUCGAUAUUCAGCAGAAGAAGCAGCUGGCCGAGGUGACUGUUAGCGGCGUGAAAUACGUCGUUUGGUCCAACGAUGGUCUCUACUGUGCUCUGCUUAGCAAGCACAAUGUUACUAUUGUCACCAAGACUCUUGAGCAGGUCAGCACAUUGCAUGAGACUAUCCGCAUCAAGAGCGCGACCUGGGACGAUGCUGGUGUUCUGAUCUACUCUACCCUAAACCAUGUCAAGUACUCGCUGCUUAACGGUGACAACGGAAUCAUCCGCACUCUUGAUCAGACCGUGUAUCUUGUCCGUGUCAAGGGACGCAACGUUUACUGCCUCGACCGCAACGCCCAGCCCCAGGUUCUCCAGAUCGACCCCACCGAGUACCGAUUCAAGCUUGCCCUGGUUAAGCGGAACUAUGACGAGAUGCUGUCGAUUAUCAAGACUUCGAGCUUGGUUGGCCAGAGCAUUAUCUCCUACCUCCAGAAGAAGGGCUACCCGGAGAUUGCCUUGCAGUUCGUCCAGGACCCCCAGACUCGCUUCGACCUGGCUCUCGAGUGUGGUAACCUUGAGGUUGCCAUUGAAAUGGCUCGUGAAUUGGAUCGUCCCAACUUCUGGAGCAGACUCGGAGCCGAGGCUUUGGCCCAUGGUAAUCACCAGACCGUUGAGAUGACCUACCAGAAGCAGCGAAACUUCGACAAGCUUUCCUUCCUUUACCUUGCUACCGGUGACCAGGAGAAGCUUUCUCGCAUGGCCAAGAUUGCUGAGCAUCGUGGAGACUUCACCUCUCGCUUCCAGAACGCCAUCUACCGCGGGGAUGUUGAGGACCGUAUCCAAAUGUUCAAGGAGGUUGACCAAUAUCCAUUGGCUUAUCUCACUGCCAAGGCUAGUGGCUUGAACGAGGAGGCUGAGUCUAUCCUUGAGGCUUGCGGCCUUACCGAAGAUCAGAUUGCCCUGCCUUCAAUGGACGAGCCUCUCAACGUCCCGCGCCCCAUUGUUCCGACCUUCAAGUCCAACUGGCCUGUCAAGACUGCGGGUCACUCUUCCUUUGAGAAGGCCUUGCUCGGUGAGGUUGAUGCUGAUGAGGAGACUGCUGCCGAUGCUUUCGAAGUCGAGGAGGAGGACCAGGAGGCCGUCCUUGCGAAGGAUACCAUGCAUGAUGACGAGGAGGAUGCUUCUGGCUGGGAUAUGGGUGAUGAUGUUAAUGUCGAGGAGGACGUUGAGUUUGUCAACGUUGAAAGUCCCGAGGCUGGUCCUGGCAGCUCAGAGGCCGAUCUGUGGGCUCGCAACUCCCCGUUGGCGGCUGAUCAUGUCGCCGCUGGCUCAUUUGACAGCGCCAUGCAGCUGUUGAACCGCCAGGUCGGUGCCGUGCACUUCGCUCCUUUGAAGAGCCGAUUCCUGGAGGUCUUCAAGGCUUCCAAGACCUACCUCCCCGCAAGCGUUGGCCUGCCACCUCUGGUCAACUAUGUGCGGAGAACCACCGAGGAGACGGAUAGCCGCAAGGUUCUCCCCAUCAUUCCUCGGGAUCUCGAGACUGUCGCCAACGUCUACCUCCAAGAAGGUUACGCGGCCAUGCGCGCCAACAAGCUGGAGGACGGUGUGGGAAUCUUUAAGAACAUCCUGCACACUCUCCUCAUCAACACGGUCUCUUCCGAGGCCGAGGUUGAGCAGGCCAAGAAGAUCAUCGCCACAGCUCGCGAAUACAUCCUCGCUAUGUCCAUUGAGCUCGAGCGCCGAACUCUCUCUGCCGACGAUCCCGAUAGCCUCAAGCGAAGCCUGGAGCUGUCCGCCUACUUUACUAUUCCUAAGCUGGAGGUUGCCCACCGACAAUUGGCUUUGAUGGCUGCCAUGAAGUUCUCUUUCGCCAACAAGAACUACAACUCUGCCCUGGGCUUCGCCAACCGGAUGCUGGCCAACGGAGGCUCCCCCAAGCUUCUGGAGCAGGCCAAGAAGAUCAAGGCUCAGUGCGAGCGCAACCCGUCAGACCAGAUCGAAAUCGAGUUCGACCAAUUCGCCGAGUUCGACAUCUGUGCCGCCUCCUUCAGCCCGAUCUUCAGCGGCUCCCCCUGCGUCGUCGACCCCUUCACCGGCGCCAAGUACCACGAGCAAUACAAGGGCAGCGUGUGCCGGAUAUCCCAGGUCACCGAGAUCGGCGCACCGGCCAGCGGCCUGCGCCUGUUCAUUCCCGGCCAAUUUUAA